AUAGCGAGUGUGUAUGUGUUAUUAUAGUGAGUGUGUGUUUAUAGUGAGUGUGUAAGUGCAUGCGUGAUUAUAGCGAGUGUGUAUGUGUGUGUGAUUAUAGCGAGUGUGUGUGAUUAUAGCGAGUGUGUGUGUGAUUAUAGCGAGUGUGUAUGUGUGUGAUUAUAGCGAGUGUGUGAUUAUAGCGAGUGUGUAUGUGUGUGUGAUUAUAGUGUGUAUGUUUGAUUAUAGUGAAUGUGUGUGUGUGUGAUUAUAGUGAGUGCGUAUGUGAUUAUAGCGAGUGUGUAUGUGUGAUUAUAGUGAGUGUGUGAUUAUAGCAAGUGUGUAUGUGUGUGUGAUUAUAGUGUGUAUGUGAUUAUAGUGAGUAUGUGUGUGAUUAUAGUGAGUGUGUAUGUGUGUGAUCAUAGUGAGCGUGUAUGUGUGAUUAUAGUGAGUGUGUGUGAUCAGUGUGUAUGUGUGAUUAUAGUGAGUGUCUGAUUAUAGUGUGUAUGUAAUAAAUAAUACUACCAAUAAAACUAUAAAUUAUAAAUAAAACUAAAUAAAAACUAUAAAUAAUACCACCAAAACAAUACUCCAUAAAUAAAAGAAAAUAAAGAGAUAAUUAACUAUAUACUAGAUAUUCCUACUAGAUUACUAAAGUCUCUCACUUAUCCCAGUAUUUUUAGAUAGUUUAUUAGGGGAGGUGCAUUUUCCCAGAUGUUUUCCCCAGCAAGUUCUCUAGUGUCAUGUUUGGUUUUCCAAUCUGCAUCUCUAGCUCAGUUCUUAACUUCUCAUGCCUUUUGCAGUCUAACAGAAUGUGUUUUAUCAUCCCUUGUGUACUGCAGUGUGUGCAGAGUCCAGUUCUUGUAUAGUUACUGAAAACCACUGCAUAUAGACACGUGUAUAACCUAAUAGACCUAUAUAAGAUAUAACCCAGCACACCUAUACUAUAGCACUUGCAUUGGAAACAUACAUUACCGUCAAACGUUUAGACUCAUUCAUUCUUUAUUCUUUAACAUCAUGAGGGACCUUUCCACUCGCACCAGACUGACCCCAGAGCAGUGGGAGAACCGCCUCAACAGAUUCAUCAACAACAUGAGCAGGAAUGCCAGUGUUCAGACUACACUCAGCACAUGGGGUCUAAGCUUUGAGAACAAGCUGCUGAAUCUGACUGGAAGAGUUCUUCCUGCUGAGAGGAUCCUACAGGGAGUGAGAGCAUACGAGUACAACCCAUGUGACGCGGAUUGGUCUAAAGAGAUGCGAGGUCUUCCUCUGAUGACCAGCAUGCCUCUGGAGAUCUGGCUGCUGUCCCAUACGCUCCGUAACGCUGACGUCGCUCACUCGCUGCUGCAGACCCUCAACAAAGUGCCCGUGGGCAUCCACCUUCAGAGGCCGGGAAUGAUGGAGUACGAUGAUCGACAGGAGGCUCUGCUGAGAGCUCUGCAGCAGAGAGCGGGGCAACAGGUUCAGAUGGUGGGUCUCACACACUGGGUAGAAUCAAGUGUGACCAUGUAGUUUGUUUAGGAUUCAAAUAUUAAAGUAUUUUACUAUGCUGAAAAUGUUCAGGUUAGCAUCCGUACUUUUUAGGGGUUAAGGUAUAGAAAAUGUAUUGUAUUGCUUAGAAAAACUGUACAUGUGACUAGUAAUGUAACGACCAUUAUAUUAAUUAUUUGAAUGAAUAAGUAAUGCACUCGCUGUCCAUUUUAUUAGAAACACCCUCACAUUCAUGUAGUUAUUCAAUCAUGGGGCAGCGGCACGAUGCAUAAAAAGAACUUGAGUUAACGUUCACGUCAAUGUAUAAAAAGUUACCGUUCACGUCAAGCAUCACAAUGGGUGAAAAUUGUGACCUUUACCGUGGCAUGGUUGUUUGUAUCAGAUGGGCUGGUUUGAGUAUUUCAGAAAUUGCUGAUUUCCUGGGCUUUUCACACAGAAGAGUCUGUAGAGUUUACUAAGAAUGGUGCAAAAAACAUUGAGAGAGCAACAGUUGUGUGUGGAUGGUGCUGGCCCAAAUUUA